GCGACGCAACCGUGCGCCAAAUCCCUCAUGUCCAGACGCGGACCUAUGAAGACGCGCUGUGUUUGUUAGAGCCGCGUUUCCGUUCCUCUUAUCUGUGCGCUAGUAUUAGUAUUAGUAUUAUUUGUAUUAUUACACAGGUUGAUAGGUUUGCAUUUUGAUUCGCACCCAGCCUAUGUUCUUGCUCCGCCGGUUUGUCCCUGAGUGCGAAACGGAUCGGUGAGGAACGGAAAGGAAGAAACAAACAUGUCGGGCCAGACGCUGACGGAUCGCAUCGCCGCCGCGCAGUACCAGCUCACCGGCUCGGACGUGGCUCGCGCUGUGUGUAAAGCGACCACGCACGAGGUGAUGGCGCCUAAGAAGAAGCAUUUGGACUAUCUGAUCUCCGCCACCAACGAGACUAACGUGAACAUCCCGCAGAUGGCUGACACCUUGUUCGAGAGGGCCAUGAAUGCCAGCUGGGUGGUGGUCUUCAAAGCUCUCAUCACCACACACCACAUGUGUAUCCAUGGCAACGAGAGGUUUAUCCAGUACCUGGCCUCCAGGAAUUCACUCUUCAACCUCAGCAAUUUUAUCGACAAAACCGGUACCCAUGGCUACGACAUGUCCACAUUUAUCAGACGAUAUGCACGUUACCUCAACGAGAAAGCGUACGCUUACCGUGCAAUGGCCUUCGAUUUCACUCGAGUCAAGAAAGGUGCUGAUGGAGUGAUGAGGACUAUGGCUCCGGAGAAAUUGCUAAAGGCGAUGCCGGCUCUGCAGACUCAAGUGGACACUCUGCUGGAAUUUGAUGUUCAUCCCAAAGACUUGAACAAUGGCAUCAUCAAUGCAGCUUUCAUGCUUCUCUUUAAGGACCUGAUUAAGCUCUUUGCCUCCUACAAUGAUGGAAUUAUCAACCUAUUAGAGAAAUAUUUCAAAAUGAAGAAAUCUGACUGCAAGGAGUCGCUCGAGAUCUACAAGAAGUUCCUGACUCGAGUAACUAAGAUUUCAGAGUUUAUGAAAAUUGCAGAGCAAGUUGGCGUGGACAAAAAUGACAUUCCUGACAUAUCUUAUGCCCCCAGCAGUAUUCUGGAGUCUCUGGAGACACACAUGAACAGUCUAGAGGGAAAGAAAGGAGAGGGGUCUCCGACAAAAGGAUCCCCCACCAACAACGUCUCUCCAACGUCCACUCCCUCCAAGUCUGGAGGCUCUGUGCCCACCCUGGAGCCUCCACCUACCGAAGCUGCUGGUGCUGCGGCUGCAUCCGCUGCCGAACCUGCCACUGAUUCUCUGCUGGAUCUGGAUCCAUUGUCUUCUUCAGGGCCGCCUGCUUCAAGUGCUCCGACAUCCUGGGGAGAUCUUUUGGGGUCAGAAUUCGGUUCCCUCACUACGGAGACUCUCCUCCCCGACCCGACCCCUGCCGUAGAUGCUACCUCUUCUGCGACAGCUGUGUCUAGUGCAUCAGCUGGUGAAGGCGCCGCUUCCGUAGCCCCUCCCUCUAACACCGCAGGCCCAACCCCGAGCUCGGCGGAUCUCCUUGGAGGUGCGUUCGGAGGCUCUGCAGCUGAACCAGCCUCUGCUCCGGAGACAGGAGCUUCAUCCACCACGGCCGCGCCUGCCGCUGACGCUUCUGCUGCGAAUGACCCAUUCGCCCCAGCGGCGGAUUGUGCGUCUGUUCCCCCACAGCUGGACAUGUUCUCCAUGCAGCCCGCAGAGAGCAGCGCCUCCUUACUCGGCUCUGUGUCACCUGCUACGAUCCAGCCCGCACUCACGUCCAGCGUUCCCAUCACCCCAGCCCCUGCAGCCCCCACGAUAGAUCUGUUUAGUGGUUUUUUUGAUUCCAUGCCUGAACCAGCUGUACCCACACAAGAGCGCGCUCCCAGUCUAGACCUGUUUUCAUCAGAUGUGUUCAGCCCACCUCCUGCUGUUUUCUCGGCCCCUGCGGGCUGGCUGGACAGUGGUGCGGCUUCGGACUUGGUUGGGGACUCUGCGGGCGCAGGCAAUGGCCCGCCCUCAGCUCCAACACCGGCAGCAUCUGCAGGAGGGGAUCUAAUGGGAGCGUUUGGUGGCCUGGGGGAUUUACUCAUGCCAGCCAUGGCUCCUCAGCCGGCCGCCGCAGCACCCAUGGCGUCCUCACCAGUUAAACCAGUGGGUGGGGAUCUGGACUCUACUAUGGCCAGUUUAGCUGGAAAUCUGGGAAUGGGGACCCAGAAGCCGGGAGAAGCAGCAGGAGGGGCAAACUGGCAAGCGCAGGUAGCAGCCCCUAGCUGGGGCAUGCCCAUGCCUGUGUCCUCCAUGGUCUCUCCUCUCAUGGGGUCCCAGUUGCGAUUUAGCAUGCCCGGUGCGGCAGGCUCGACUCCCAUGAUGUUCCCCCAGCAGCCUAUGAUGAGACCGCAGUUUCCUGCUGCAGGAGCACCUGGAGCACCGAUGUCUGCUGGAAUGACCCAGAGCCCCAGAAAGCCUCCUCCUGUCAAAGAUCCCCUUGCUGACCUGAACAUCAAGGACUUCCUAUAAGCCACCAAGCAGCCAGUCAGAGACUCAGACCCUGAGGGAAUGGAUGUGUGCAUUUCUUUUCGGCUCAGUAUCUUCAGGGUCACCUUCCGUCCCUCCCUCUCUCUUUCUGUCUAAUGUUGUAUUACUACCUGUGAAAGUGAUAAUGUACGUGUGUGUGUGUGUGUGUGUAUUUUAAUGUUUCCAGGCUAUAUUAAAAAAGACAAAAGACAAUGCAUAAAAAAAGGUAUUGAUGGAUGCAUCCUUGUACAUCUGCAAUGCUGGAUGUGUGUUCUUUUAUUUUCUUCUUCUUUUUUUUUUUUUUCCUGUGAGGAACCCAAACAGAUCUGUAACGUGUUCUGUGGAGAAAAAAUAAAUAAAUAACGUGUUUGGUGUGGUACAUAUCACUGGGCUCACUGGAUCCAUGUUGUCAUUGAAGUAUUAGUUGUCUAGCUCUUAGCCAUACAGCUUCUGGGACCACAUGAACGAACAUAGCGCUUACAGACGUAUUAAGGUUCGUGUAGCAUCUCUGUUCUGUUUUAACUUAUGAUCUGAUUUACUUCCUCUUCUGUCAUCGACACGUGACGCGCAACAACAUCGGACUAGGCCUAUUAACAAACAAUAUGCAUUUGGAAUAUUUUAUCUUUAGUCUUUAUUUUGAGAUAAAAGAAUCUAUUUUAGUUAUGUUGAAAGUACUUUAUGUAUUAACAGAGGUGGUCGGAAAAAAAAGAAUAUCAUUCUGGUUGUAAAAAAUGUGUAUUCCUGCCACCUGAAUGCAAUCUAGCUCGGUUUAAUAGCACCUUGUAGUGAAUAGUAGUAGUGCACAAGAGCACAGCAUUUCCUUGGAUCUAAAAUCAGAGCAGGAUUGUACGAUUUUUACAGAUUACGAAGACAAAACCAUUCGCCAUUGGGUUUCCCAUCAGUCCAUAAUAAUGGCUUGUUUAUUCUUUGCAGUAAGGAAAUGUGAAGAAAAAAAAUUGACAAACACUGGUUGGUAAAAAGAGAUGACAACAGUGGAUGUGCUGGUUGGCUUUGUUUUCUUUUUUGGUGGAUAUUAAGUUUUUGGAUGUAAUAACCCGCCCCUGUCCCAAUACUCUACUGUGCAUGUAAGUCCUGUUGAAAUGCAAUAAACAGUUACCUGGAAAACCCUCAGA